AUGAGUCCCAACUCGAGAGACUUCUCUGAUUUCGUGCAGGGUGAAGAUAUGGAGUUCCGAGAAUCACCGCAUCGCAACUUCAAUGUCACGAAAAUACCCGCUUUAUCCGUGUCACUGCCACCAAAACUUCUCACUGUGCUCUCGCCCAACCAGCUUGUCACGUUGGCAGGAGCUGCCUCGGGCUUCUUAGCGGGUGUUGUUGUUUGCCCGCUCGAUGUAGUCAAGACGAGGCUCCAAGCACAAGGAGCUGGUUAUAGAGAACGAAACCCAAAGUCUCCUCGUCAGGUGCCCAAGUAUUCAGGCUUCAUCGGUGCAUUUAAAACUAUACUUCGUGAAGAGGGAGUUCGUGGCUUGUAUCGAGGACUUGUUCCCAUCACUAUUGGUUACUUGCCAACAUGGACCAUUUAUUUUACCGUUUAUGAACGGGCAAAGGUAUUCUAUCCUAAAUUCAUUCGAGAGCAUUUUGCCGAUACGGAAUCGGCUACUGUUUCGCAUUUUUUAUCAGCAUUGACCGCGGGCUCUGCGUCGUCUGUACUUGUAAACCCAAUAUGGGUAGUAAAGACACGGCUUAUGAUUCAAACGGGCAAAGAGAGCAAUAUCUAUGGUGACGGAAAGCGCGUCACCCACUACAAAGGUACUACUGAUGCAUUCACAACGAUGUACAAAGAGGAGGGUUUAGGUGUGUUCUACAGUGGACUCAUUCCAUCUCUCUUUGGCCUUUUGCAUGUUGGUAUUCAUUUUCCGGUGUAUGAGAAACUCAAGCAAGCACUCGAUUGCAACCUCACGCCCCAGCAUCAAAAUGGAGAUUCCCUGUUGUUAUGGAGACUUAUAGUCGCAUCGUCCGUCAGUAAAAUGAUUGCCAGCACUGUCACUUAUCCACACGAGAUCCUUCGUACCAGAAUGCAAAUCCAGAGCUCCAAAGCCAAAAAAGAGCCAGGUCAAGUUAAAAAGAGCAAAUUGUUACAUAUCAUGACCCGCAUCUACAAGAAGGAAGGCUUACGAGGGUUUUACGCCGGAUACACCAUCAACUUGGCCCGUACUGUCCCUGCCAGUGCUGUGACCCUUGUCAGUUUCGAAUACUUCAAAACAUACUUACUUGAAGUUACUGGCCACUUUUAG